AUACACCAUCAUUAAUUUUAUACAAUUUUUUUAGGAAAAAAAGAAAAGAAAAAGAAUGAGGCAGAUAGACCCCCGUUGAACCUCUCCCCCAGCUUCCCACUGCCCAGCCUUCUUCCCCCUCUUCGCAUGACAUCUCAGGCUUCGUCGGAGCCCUAGUGGACUCGCCGCCGCCGUCGAAUCUCUCUCCCACCCUCACACUGCUUACAGGCUUCUUAGCCCUCUUCGCUGGACAUCUCAGGACUGCUCGCCGACGAUCUUGGCAAGGCUCGAAUCCACUUCUCUGUCGACGCAGUCUAUUAUCUGUCGUAGGGUUGAAUCGAACCUCUUCUCUGUGUUAUCUUUCGUGGGGUCGAAGUAUUUGGGGUCUUUGCUCAAUGAAUUUCACGCGGUAAGUUGAUAUCAGAGAGAUUUGAAGUGCAAAAAUUCAUGAUGUUGAAGUUAAAUGUUUGAUUCACGAGGGCACAAAGCUUUUUUAUGAAGGAUGGCCUGUGUUCAGAUCACUGCCUGUUGCCUUACCUUCAAUCCGAUGUAUAUGUCUCAAACACGCUGCCUACCUUCUCUGCCAUGCUUUUCACCGAGCCACACUAGGCAUAUCCCCAGAAUUUCCUUGAGACAACCCACUAAUGCAUCAUCAUACCAGCUGUGUACGCCCGUGUGCUUAUUUGGUGGAAAAGGAAAGUCAGAGAAUGACGAGCAGGCUUCUCCCUGGAAAGCUCUUGAGAAAGCCAUGGGAAGUUUCAAGAAGGAAGAGUCUAUAGAGAAUGUGUUGCGGCAGCAGAUUGAAAAACAAGAAUACUUUGAUGACGGGGGCAGUGGUGGGAAUCCUCCACGUAGUGGUGGGGAUGAUUCUGGUGGAUCAGAGGAUGAAGGCAUGGCUGGAAUCUUUGAUGAACUAUUGCAAGUGAUCUUGGCAACCAUUGGCUUUAUAUUUCUGUACAUUUUCAUCAUCCAUGGUGAGGAAAUUACAAGGCUUGCAAAGGACUACAUCAAGUAUCUGUUUGGAGGGAGCAAGAGUGUUCGUUUAAAACGCGCCAUGUUCAAGUGGAGAAAGUUCUUUGAGAGGCUAAUGCCGGAGGUGGAGGAGGACCCGUUUUGGUUGGAACGGGCGAUCAUCAAUACCCCCACCUGGUGGGACAGCCCUGAGAAAUACAGAAGAAUCAUCAGGCAUUACUUGGAAUCAAAACCUAGUCAGUAACAUGAAGUUAAUUCUCUUGUAUUUGUCUCUGCUUUAUCAGCAAUUACAUUAUACUUUUCUUGAAUUUGAGGUGGGAUUUGUGCUACCAUGGCUCCAUGAUUCUAUUGUGUUCAAAUCUAAAGUUUCGAAAGUGAACAUUGGUAUCUGAUUGCUGAAAA